AUGUCGCGAGGAGGGUGCAGUUUUGUGGGUGGUGUUUCAUAUGAUGACAUUUUUGGUCUAACUCCAGAGACAGGGUUGAACCAUGAUAAACAUUUUGCGGAUCCGAACAUAUCAUCGGAGGGUAUCAGAGUGGAUCCUAAGAAGAUUGAAGCUAUUGUUAAUUGGAGACCACCCAGAAAUGUUACAGAAGUUCGCAGUUUUCUGAGUUUAGCCAGUUAUUACAGAAGGUUCGUAAAGGGAUUCUCUAUCAUUUCAUCACCUUUAACAAAAUUAUUGAAGAAAGCAGUUAUAUUCCAAUGGGAUGAUAGAGGUCAGCAGAGUUUUGACACUUUGAAGAAAAAGUUGACAGAAGCACCAGUGUUGACCCAGCCAGUGUCAGGUAAAGACUUUGAGAUUUACAGUUAUGCUUCUCAUAUUGGGUUAGGAUGUGUACUUAUGCAAGACAGGAAGGUGGUAGCUAAGACAGGAAAGGUGGUAGUUUAUGUCUUCCAGACAGUCAAUUAA